AUGGAUGUGUUCUUCGAGACUCGGAGUGGUUCCACAUUCGAGAUUGAAUUAGGUUAUUGGGAUACAGUGUUGGAGAUCAAACAAAAGAUCGAGAAGUAUCAACGUAUCCCAGUUUCCAAACAAACCCUUUUAUUCCAAGGCAAUGUUCUUCAAGAUCAUCUUGAUAUCGAACAAUGUGUGAUCCUUAACCACUCUCGUAUCCAACUUUCCAUCUCUUCUCCCGACCAAAGCCGUAACAACAUUCAAGUGUUCAAAACCGAGCAAUUCCCACAGUCAAAUUCAACAGAACAGACCAGUAACGGUCAUCAUGAAUCAACAGUGAUGAUCCCAAUGAGCAACAACAACAACAACAACAACCCGAAGAAGCUGAGAGUAAUGGUGUUGCCGAAAUCCGGGACUAGGAAGAUUCCGGUGGACGUGAACGCAGGGGAUAAUGUUGGAGAGCUGAGGAAAGAGUUGGCUAAGAUUCAACAGAGGUUUCAGUUAAGUCUGCCUCAAGAAGGCUAUUUCUUUAUCUAUAAACAGAAUGUAAUGGAUGAAAACAGGUCAUUCCGGUGGCACCGUGUUGAUCAAGGCGACACAAUUGAGAUUUUCAACGGAAGUGUUUCCGGUGGCUCUUAA